AUGAUAUUAGGAAAAACAAAGAAUUCGAUAAAUAUUAGAAACAUAAGUUCUUCAAAACUAUUAACAAAGUCCCCACCAGGCGCUUUAUAUUAUAAUAAUAAUAAUUCAUCAAUUAACAAUAUGACUCGUUUAAAUCAACUUAAAUAUAAUAAUUAUAGUUCAUUCAUUCCUGCUGAUAAAUUAUCUCAAAAAGAUCUUAAUCAAAAGGCAAUUGAAACUGAAUAUGCAGUUAGAGGUCUAAUACCAAUCAAAGCUGAAGAAUUAAGAGAAAAAUUAAAAAAUCAUCCAGAUUCUUUACCUUUUAAAGAAAUUAUAAAUGCAAAUAUUGGGAAUCCACAACAAUUAAAACAAAAACCUUUAACUUUUUAUAGAUCAAUUUUAUCAAUUUUACAAAAUCCAAAAUUAUUAGAAUCUGAUGAAUUCUCUAAAGAUGUUAAAACAAGAUCAAAAAUCUUAUUAAAUAAAAUCGGUUCACUCGGCGCUUAUUCUCAUUCUCAAGGUGUUCCAUAUAUUCGUGAACAAGUUGCUCAUUUCAUUACCAAAAGAGAUAAUGGAGUUCCAGCUCAUCCAGAAAAUAUUUACUUAACAGGUGGUGCUUCUGAUGCUGUUAAAUCAGUUUUUGAAGUUUUAUUAGAUGGUACAAAAGAAUCUGGUGUUUUGAUUCCAAUCCCUCAAUACCCGCUUUAUACUGCACAAAUUACUUUGAAAAAUGCAACUCCAAUCUCUUAUUAUUUAAAUGAAUCUGAUAAUUGGUCAACAAAUCCGGAAGAAAUUGAAAAUUUAGUUUUAGAUUCUAAAAAAUUUGGUAUUAAACCAAAAAUUCUUGUUGUUAUUAACCCAGGAAAUCCAACUGGUGCUAUUUUAUCCAAAUCACAUAUUGAAGAUAUUUUAACAAUUGCAGCAAAAUAUGGGAUUGUUGUUAUUGCAGAUGAAGUUUAUCAAGAAAAUAUCUUUGAAGGUAAAUUCCAUUCUUUUAAAGAAGUUUUAGCUGAUUUACAAAAUAAACAUGGUGAUUUAUAUGAUAAUGUUCAAUUAGUUUCUCUACAUUCAACUUCAAAAGGUGUCACUGGUGAAUGUGGUCAAAGAGGUGGUUAUAUGGAAUGUAUUGGAUUUAAACCUGAAGUUCAUGAAAUUUUCUUAAAAUUAGCUUCAAUCUCUUUAUGUUCUGUUGUUUCUGGUCAGGCUUUAGUGGAAUUAAUGGUUAAUCCACCUAAAAAGGGAGAUGAAAGUUAUGAAUUAGAUCAAAAAGAACGUUUAUCAUUACAUGAAUCUUAUAAAUUUAAAGCUAAUUCACUUUAUGAUAAAUUUUCAUCAUUAGAAAAUAUUGAAGUUUUAAAACCUCAAGGUGCAAUGUAUUUAUUCCCACAAAUUUUCUUAACACCAGGUAUGAUUAAUAGAGCUAAAGAAUUAAACUUAAAACCUGAUGAAUAUUAUUGUUUAGAAUUAUUACAACAUACUGGGAUUUGUGUUGUUCCUGGUUCAGGUUUUGGACAAGUUGAAGGAACAUUCCAUGUUAGAACUACAUUUUUACCACCAGGUGAUGAAUGGAUUGAUCAAUGGGCUCAAUUUCAUAAAGAUUUUUUCAAGAAAUAUCAUAACUAA